GUUUUAUCCGAGGCUACUACGUAUUUACCCCGCACGAAUAAACUGUGAUUGGGAAAUAGAAAUCGACAUGAUGAAAGACAAGACACAACAUUUGUUUACAAAUGAUGAAAUUAUUAACUAGUUGGUAGUUCGCCUAAAACAAUAAUACUAAAAAUAAUAAUAGUAAAAAUAGUAACGAAGUAGUCAUGAUCAUCAACAAGAUGAUGAUUAUUGAUGAUGAUGAAUGAUGAUGAUGAUGAUGAUGAUGAUGAUCAUGAUGAUGAAAAUACUAGGGGUUUGUCGCUGGAGAGGAGGCGGGGGGAAAAUAGAACCGCGCUGCGGCCAUCAACGGCAAGAUGCGGAGGUUCAUUUAACAUUAAUUGAACAAGAAUAACAUUUUGAUAUGUUCCAUUUAUUUAUAUAUACUCUAGUAACUUAAACAGAAGCUUCGUUAUUAUUAGACUUCCCCCCCCCGCCUUUGCCCUUUGCCCGCCCACACCGCGGCUAGCAUGAAUGUAUUAUUGAUUGAUGUAUUUCUAUUUCAUCCCUAAUUGACUAUCUUGUCUGGUGUCUGGUAUCUGGUAUCUUGGUAUCUGGUAUCUAUUAUCUUGGGCGGUUCUGGCGUCAUUGCCCCAGCAGGCUUGCUCUUUCGGCCGUUAUAUCUUCUCCUCCAUCCCUUCCAUUCCCUCCUCCACCACCACCAGUUCCACCUUCCACCUUCCACCUUCCACCUUCCACCUUCCACCUCCUUUAUAUCACCCCAGGUUUUCCUUUCUCUUCUCUUCUACCAUUUUUCAACCCUUCCUUCUUCCUCUCGUCAUCUUCUUCCCUCCAUCAUCUCUUCAUUAUCUCUAUCAUCAUCAUCAUCUUCUUCUUCUUCUCAUCAUCUCCAUCAUCAUCCCUAUCAAUCUUCAUCCCACUCUCCUCAGCUAUUCAUCCCGCCCGCCCAUCAUGGCUCUCUCUCAGAAAAUCACUACCCCGACCUGCACAUACGAGCAGCCCCUCGGCCUCUUCAUCAACAACCAGUUCGUCAAGGGCGUCGAGGGCCGUACUUUCGAGACCAUCAACCCCCAUAAUGAAAAACCCAUCACCGCCGUCCACGAGGCCACAGAGAAAGAUGUCGAUAUCGCCGUCGCCGCUGCCCGUGCCGCCUUCAAUGGGCCCUGGAAACAUGUCACCCCGACAAACCGUGGCCGCAUGCUCAUCAAGCUGGCUGAGCUUAUGGAACAGCACAGUGAUACCCUGGCUGCUAUCGAAGCCCUGGACAACGGCAAGGCCUUCUCCAUCGCCAAGAUUGACGUCGCCAACUCUGCUGGCUGUAUCAGAUACUAUGGCGGCUGGGCCGACAAGAUUCACGGCAAGGUCAUCGACACAGACUCCGAGUCCUUCAACUAUACCCGUCACGAGCCCAUUGGUGUCUGCGGCCAGAUCAUCCCCUGGAACUUCCCCUUGCUCAUGUUCGCCUGGAAGAUCGGCCCCGUCAUCGCCACCGGAAACACCGUCAUCCUCAAAACCGCUGAGCAGACCCCUCUUUCUGCCCUUUACGUAGGACAGCUCGUCGUCGAGGCUGGCUUCCCCCCAGGUGUCAUCAACAUCAUCUCGGGCAUUGGCCGUAUCGCCGGUGCUGCUAUCGCCUCCCACAUGGACAUUGACAAGGUUGCCUUCACCGGCUCCACCAUUGUCGGCCGCCAGAUCCUGCAGGCCGCUGCCAAGAGCAACCUGAAGAAGGUCACCCUCGAGUUGGGCGGCAAGAGCCCCAACAUCGUCUUCAAUGACGCAGAUAUCGAAAACGCCAUCUCCUGGGUCAAUUUCGGUAUCUACUUCAACCAUGGCCAGUGCUGCUGUGCCGGUAGCCGUAUCCUGGUCGAGGAGGGUAUCUACGACAAGUUCCUCGAGCGCUUCAAGGCCCGUGCUCUGCAGAACAAGGUCGGCGACCCGUUCCACGGCGACACCUUCCAGGGUCCCCAAAUCUCCCAGAUCCAGUUCGACCGUAUCAUGGGCUACAUUGAGGAAGGAAAGGCCGCCGGUGCCAAGGUCGAGAUUGGUGGUGAGCGUCUAGGUAACCAGGGCUACUACAUCCAGCCAACCAUCUUCACCAAUGUCACCGAGGACAUGAAGAUUGUCAAGGAGGAGAUCUUCGGACCCGUCUGCUCCGUGCAGAAGUUCAAGGAUGAAGCAGAGGCUAUCGAGAUCGCUAACAACACUUCAUAUGGUCUUGCCGCUGCCGUCCACACCACGAACCUCAACACUGCCAUCCGUGUCUCCAACGAACUGAAGGCUGGCACCGUCUGGGUCAACAACUACAACAUGAUCUCUUACCAAGCUCCUUUCGGCGGCUUCAAGGAGAGCGGUCUCGGCCGUGAGUUGGGAGAAUACGCACUCGACAACUAUACCCAAGUGAAAUCCGUCCGCAUUCGCCUGGGUGACGCCCUUUUCGGUUAAUAUGAAAUGAGUAUGAAUAUGAAUAUGAAUAAAAUUGAGCGGGGUAGUUAUUUGAGCUGACGAUUUUUUUUUUUUUCAGCUUUUUUCUUUCACGCCUGUUUUAGCUUAAGUUAGUUAGUUAAUUUGAUUGAUGCCUGAUGUAUUUGUUUUAGCUCGCUAGUACGGAGUAGCUAGCCUCGGCGACUUGUUAUUCUCGCGUCGAUUCGAGGGUUGACUACGUAGUACUCUGUACAGCCUUUUCUUUUUGCCCUUGACGGUUCACAUUUCCUCUCAUGUCUGCUUGGGAAAAUUGUCCACCUAUCUAACGUAGGAACCAAGUUGCCUGCUUAACUAUCUUUCCGUAUGAACCAAACCAUGCACAGCUUAGCUACUGGAGAAUGUGAAAGACUCAUGACAAGUUUGUGAAACCCGUAUAUUGUGGAUAUAUGUCCGCUCACUGAGUGCCUAAGAUCUGGCUGGUUCCAACACUACACUUGACUUACCCCUCAACCGUUUAUACAUAUAACAAAAGUGGGGGAGAUAUAUGAGAGGAAAGGAAAAAAAAAAUUAAACAAAAAUAAACAAAUAAAAGUACAAAUAAAAAUAAAAAGUAAAAGUGGUUGGACGUGGAAACUCGAACGUCCCCUUUUCAGUUGGCAUGUACGGUUCAAGGUUUGCUUUAUUGCAAGAGUGAGGUAAUUGGGCUAGUUGAUGGAAUUUUGAAUUGAUAUGAGAUAAGUUUUAUAUAUCUAACCUUAAGGUAUAGUAGUAGCUAUCUUGAC